CUACAGGAAGAAAAUGUAAGAGCAAGAAGAGAAAAAAAAAAGGGGGGGGGGAGUGUUACAUUCCCUUCUGGUUACGAGUAACGUACAUAUUACAUUACUGUUUCUAUGUCAUAAAGUUGGGAUAAGUUGCUGAUUCAUUUAUGCGUGAGUUUUGACAAAUUGAAGUUAAUAUCUGGUCCAAGUUUUCAUAGUGUGAUAUAUUACGUGUGCGGGUGCACAAAAAGAUUACUUCUGAAAACCAAGCAGCUCUGUUGAGUAGAGCAACUAAACUCCAUCUCUAGAGCUUGAGAAGAAGGAAAAAGUAACGAAAAGGGCUCGUUUCUCUGGCAAUAAAGACAAAGGAUUAACUUCACCUGGAACCAAACAAGCAGUGUGAUGAAUUUCACAGCUGCAAGAUGUUUACUCAUAGGAGUGAUUGGUGUGUUGGUGCUCCAAGACUCAGAGGCGGCACCGUUCAGUACAACAGUAGUAAAGACACGACUUGGACCUGUACGAGGACUUUGCGAGCCGGCUGUCAAUAACCAAUCCUAUUGGUCUUUCCGUGGCAUCCCUUACGCUAAACCUCCCAUUGGAAAAUUGAGAUUCGCAAAGCCAGAGCCUCUGCCAUACUCAGAAAACGUCAUUGAUGCAACAAGGUUUAAAGCAUCAUGCCCGCAGGCUAGUAUGUUUUUAGCCCAAUCAGAAACGGCUUCUGAAGAUUGUCUUUUCUUAAACGUAUAUACAAAAGAUCCAGCAAGCAAAAUGAAGAAAGUUCUUGUGUGGAUCCACGGUGGAGCUUUUCUAGUUGGGUCGUCCUUCCUCUAUAAUCCUGGAAGUAUCGUUACGUCUGAGGAUAUCAUUGUCGUUACUGUCAACUACAGGCUUGGAAUUCUGGGAUUUCUCAGCACAGAAGACAAUACAAGUCCUGGAAAUUACGGUCUUUGGGAUCAGAUUCUAGCCAUUAAAUGGGUCAAACGUAACAUUGCAGCAUUCGGUGGGGACCCCAAUGAUAUCACUAUUGCAGGAGAAUCUGCAGGAGGUGCCUCUGUAUCGAUUCUUUCUAUUAGCCCUGUGUCAAAAAAUCUUUUUACCAAAGUAUAUUCUCACAGUGGUUUUGCGACGUCUUUGUUUGCUGAUUACAAAGAUCCAAAGUCUGAUGUGAUCACUUUAUCAAAGAAGUUAGGUUGUUAUCAAAGUAGCUCUUCGUCACAAGACAUCAUUGAAUGUUUGCGAAACAAACCAGCUGCGAGUUUAAUUGCUGAGUUGGACCUCUACAAAACAUCUUAUGUUCCCCGUGUAGAUGGAGAACUUUUACCAAAGUUGCCUAUGAACCUACUCACAGAUCAGAAAUAUCUGCAUGAUAUCGGCUUUUAUGAUAGAGAUUAUUUCGUUGCGUUGAACAAUAAUGAAAACAGUGUCACGGGCCAAAGAUAUUAUCUGGCAAAAGAAACCUUUUACAAUCAACCCAACAGAACAAGGGAACAGAAAGAUGCACUUUGGAAACAGUUUGUGGUAACAGAGAAUGUGGCAGAUCGCCUUAAAAUUGAAAACCCGAAUCCCAAUCUAGUGGAUUAUGUAUCAAACUGGUAUGAAGACAGAUUUGUGGGACAAACUGGUUAUCCGUUGCUUCUGACUGACGUCAAUUUCAUUAUCCCAGCCUUUGAUAUUCUCAAUGCAGCGUCUCAGAAUCCACUCACUCGAGUCUGGUUCUUGUAUUUUAACUACUACCCCAGCUACAUGAGAGGAACUGAACGGGGCAUGGUACAUGCUCUAGACAUCGCUUAUUGGUUUGACGUGUCGCUCUUAUCAAUGAACGCCUUUAUAAACGCAGGGGCCGUCGACAACUUCUCGGACACAGACAAGGAGUUGAAAAAGGUGUACACCUCCAUUGUGGCAGACUUCGUACAAGGCCAAGUGAAUACCAACAGGUGGCCACAGUACGAACCAGACGAAGGCUACUAUCUGGAGUUCAACAGCCAUCCCUUAGUGAUGAAACAGUUCGCUAGAGAUAAACAAAACUUCUGGAGAUCUGAGCUGCCUCAAAAGUUGUCCAUGAUUUCUAGCAGAUGCAGUCUUUUCAUUCAAAAAACAAGCUUCAUGAAUGAACAUCUGGACACAUAUAAAAACUUGGAAGUGUUUCCGAAUCUAGUGAAAGCUCUAGCAAUGAUCACGUCGAAAUGUGUACCCAACCAUCUGAAAGACAAUGUAACUUGUCUAGUUUCUGCAACUGAAAUGCUCAUUCUACAACUCGUCAUUUGUCUGUUGCUGCUCCAAGUUUCAUGGGCGGCACCAGCCAGAACAACAAUAGUAAGAACACGACUUGGACCUGUUCGAGGACUCCGCCAGCUAGCUGCCAAUAACCAAUCCUAUUGGUCUUUCCGUGGCAUCCCUUACGCUAAACCUCCAGUCGGAAAAUUACGUUUUGCAAAGCCAGAACCUCUUCCAUACUCAAACAAUGUAAUUGACGCAACUAAAUUCGGUGCCGCAUGCAUACAAGAUAGUAGUUACUUAUCGCCAACUGAAACAAUGUCUGAAGACUGUCUUUUCUUAAAUGUGUUUACAAAAGAUCUUUCAGAGAAAUCCAAAAAAGUUCUUGUGUGGAUCCACGGUGGUGGCUUUUUUCUUGGAUCUGCCUUUGCUUACAACCCUGGAAGUCUUGUUGCAUCUGAGAAUAUCAUUGUAGUCACUGUUAACUACAGGCUUGGAAAUUUCGGAUUUCUCAGCACAGAAGACGAUGCAAGUCCUGGAAAUUACGGUCUUUGGGACCAGAUUCUAGCCAUUAAAUGGGUCAAACGUAACAUAGCAGCAUUCGGUGGGGACCCCAAUGAUAUCACUAUUGCUGGAGAAUCUGCUGGGGGUGCCUCUGUGUCAAUUCUGUCAAUAAGUCCCGUAACCAAAGGUCUUUUUUCAAAAGUAUACUCUCACAGUGGUUUUGCCACAUCCUCAUUUGCCAAUUACAGAGAUGCCAACUCCGAUGCUAUCAACAUAGCCAAGAGGCUAAACUGUUAUGAAAAAAGCUGGUCUUCCAUAGAUAUUAUUGAAUGUUUGCGAAGUAAACCUGCUUCUAGCUUAACUCCUUCCUUCGAUCUUUUCAGAACAACAGUAGCUCCUUGCGUGGAUGGAGAUCUUAUACCCAAGCCACCACUAAAGCUUAUUAAUGAUCAGGACUACUUACAAGACGUCGGGUUUUACGACAGAGAGUAUUUCGUUGCUCUUAAUAAUAAUGAAAAAAUAGUAAUUGCUCAAAAGUAUUUUCUUGUCAAAAAUGUAAUUUACAGCAAUAAUAAUGGCACAAAGGAAGACAAAGACGCUUCUUUGAAAAAGAUGACAAUGGGUACCUCGGUAGCUGAUCGUUUUGAAAUGGAGGAUCCAUCUCUGAAAUUAGUGGAUUUAGUGUCCAGCUGGUAUGAAGACAGAUUUAUUGGGCAGAACAGUGAUCUUCAGAUACUGACAGAUGUCAACUUUAUUGUUCCAGCGUUUGAUAUUCUAGAUGCUGCAUCGCAAAACCCACGCACUCGGGUUUGGUUCCUAUAUUUUAACUAUUACCCCAGCUACCUAAAGGGGUCAGAGAGGGGCAUGAUGCACGUGCUUGAUGUUGUGUACUGGUUUGACGCGCCACUGCAGUCCCUGCUCGCUCUGUAUAACACAGGGACUGUCAACCAGUUCACCGAGGCAGACGACGAAUUGAAAAAGAUUUACUCUUCUAUUGUGGCGGACUUCCUAAGAGGCCAAGUGAACACCAAGAGAUGGCCUCCAUACAGACCAGAUGAUGGCUACUAUUUAGAUUUCAACAGUCACCCUGCUGUGAUGCAACAUUUGUUCAGAGAUACCAGAAGGUUCUGGAGAAAUGAACUUCCCAACAAAUUAAGUUCUCUCAGUUCCAGCAAAUGCCAAAGUUGAUCAUUUAAAAGAUAAAGCCAAAGAAUGCUAGAAACUAUAAUUUAAAGUAGUCUUGAAACUAUUUCGUGUAUAUCUAAUUUCAUAUUUAAGCAAAUCCAGUUUUCAAGUGUUUGUCAAGUUGAUGGAAAAUGAAAAGGAAUCAUGAACGUUGGCUUAUACAGUUAUAAUGUUUUAAAAAACAACUUUAUAUGCUAUAUGCUGAAAGCUGAUUAAAGUUUAAAGUUGAAUGUAUAUGUACCUUCAGAACAAAAAAUUACUGUUAGUAGUGCACUGUAAAUUACAAUCACAAAUAAAAUUUUGAGAGAUUUGUAAAAAAAAGGAUGCCAAUCAUGCAAGAUCUAUAGGCCCUACAUAUUCAGAUGAAUAUAUUAAAACAAUUAUAUAUAUUAGUAUUAGAAAUUGUUUUAAUCUUGGACUAAGUAAUAAAUAUCACCUUAUUCAAAUUUUUUAGUUGCUUUUUGUAUUUUAAUGUUAUCUCAGAAUUAAACAUUAAUGAACAUUGACUUGAUCAUGUACAUUGUUUUCAAGUAGUAUUUGGCUACCUAAAGAAAAUAUAUAACAAAAGAACUCUUAUUUUGAAGUUGGGUUUGAUAUCAAUUUUAAUUUUGGACUAUCUUGUAAUUUUAAUUGUCAUAAUUUAGAGUUUUAAGUUUUACAUAUUUCAAAUAUUCCUCUAGAUUUGAAACUAAUUUCAGCCUAGUCCAAACCUCUUGCAUGAUGAAGGGGGUGCAGUAGGCAGGGUAUGAAUCUAGGACCAUCGAGACCCUCCAAACGACUGAUCUGUGCACAUACCACAUGACCAGAUGUUCUCAAAGGUCCUACAUCAUGUUUUUUAUUAGCUAUAUAGAUUAGUUACUUCAAAAUAUUUAUAGUAUACCUAAAUAAAAUUUUGUAUCAUA